AUGCGGAAACAACUAUGCGCUGUGUUCACUUGCAUCUGGAUCAGCUUCUUGCUCGGUAUCCUUUGCACCGUCCUCACGAUGCGUCUCAAGGUACAGACAGAGGCUUCCUUGAAGGCCCUAGCCCAGUACUUCCGCCAGCAACCGCCGAACGCGGUACACCAGUCGGUCUCGCACGAGCCCGAACUCAACGAAGACUCUGAAUGUGACAGUGCAGCCUGCAGAUGGCAGGCGGACUACCUCUGGGGACGUCUUAACGUCUCGGUCGACCCCUGCGACGACUUCUACUCGUUUGUCUGCUCCGCGUCCUGGUUCAAAACGCAGACGAUUCAAUACCAGCCUUUCACGCAGUUCGCCACUGCUCAGCUCAUGUCAGACGUUGACGACGUCCUUUCGCGACACCUGGCGGCGUCGAGCGAUAGCUACGGUUCUUGGAGCUUCAUGUACCAAUCUACCGAAUUACUGAGAAUCUGCACGUACACUGACAUUCGCGAAACGACUUGGGAUGGCUUGAGAGACGUCUUGCAAGACAUAGGCAUCGGAGGUUGGCCGUACGAGAAGGCUCCAAGGAAUGUAAGCAUCGUUUCGGUGACCGCAAAAAUGGAGCGAAACUUCGGCUUCAGUCCUUUUGCAGAAGUGGUUCUAGUCCAAGAUUUCGUGGCAUCGUUCCAUCAGAUUCAUUUGAUCCCUCCUCACACGCUGCUAAGAAGGUUCGUUCUGCAUCGAAACUUGACGGGUGUCCCCGUUUCGACUUACGAAGCGAGAUUGAGUAAAGUGUUCCAAAAGUUCGGCACCACGGCGAACGCCAGUGUAAGAAUCGCCAGCGACAUCGUAGCGUUCGAGAAACUUCUUGAGUCGAUCAACUCCGUUGACGCACUACCGAUAUACGAGAAGAUCAAAGUCGGCGAACUCUGGAACGGAACCAAGUGGAAUUGGAAGGCGUUUCUGGACGUCGUCUUCAGCGACGCCAGGAACACCUCGGAAGACCUGGUCAUAUGCGUUUGCUGUGCGUUCUUCAAGAAGCUGCCAUUGGUUAUUGAAGAGACACCGCUGCUAACUACGGUCAACUAUAUCGGAUUGAGAAUAGUUGCGCUGUUGUCCCCGAUGCUUCCAGGGUGGAACCCGCUUCUGAUGCUGCUGAGCCACGAGUACUCCGGCCUGAGCGGCAUCCCCGACCGCGUACUGUCCUGCAUGGGUCUCCUGGAAAGGGUCUAUCGCUACGGCACAGCGAUGCUGGCGCGCAUGUCGCUUUCCAAGAACUUCCCCAGCGUCUAUAGGACUCACUACGACAAGGAAGUCAUGCAACUCGUGCGCUCUCUGAUGCGAUCUUUACUCCGUCGUACCGGAACCAUAUCCUGGAUGGCUGAAGAACGCGAGAAGACCAUCGCGGCAGUUAAGUUCCAGUCGAUGACUCACGAUAUCUUCGGGACAGCUCCGAGUCUUUACUGGCCCGCUCUCUACUACGGCAUUGCGUCACCACGACUCAACGAAAGUGAGCCGCUGAAGAGUUACGCGAAGCUCUUGAAGCACACCAGGAAGAUAUACUUUGCCUCCAACUCUCCCAACCUGGACUUCGACGCCAAGUACCCAGGUCGCGUCUUCGAGCCCAAGGCGGUCUACUUCCACCUGAGGAACGUGGUGUUUAUACCGCAAGCCAUCGUUGGGUUCCUGAGCCACGUCUCUAACGUGAUAGACAGCGGCUUCGUCCCUGUGGUUGGAAGGCCGAUACUGGAGGGCGUGCUGAGGGCCAUUGACGAGUUCGGCGCGUACGUCGACGAGAAAUUCGGGCUGGGGCUCUGGUGGGGCGACAAGACCUCGACCAAUUUUAAGAAUUUGAAGAGCUGUUUGAUUGACCAGUAUGCGCGCAUGUACUGGCCCAAUGCUGAUAUGAGGAACUGGGAGCUUUACGUCGACAUAAACAGAAUCGUCCGCGAGGUGGCUCUCUUGUCUCCACUGUACGACUCCUUCCUGGAGCGCGCGCCUUCGCGCUUGAAAAUGAAAGUGAGCAAGCAUAAGGUGCUGGACGCGAGGACGUUGUUCUUCGUCAACUACGCGCUUUCAACGUGCGAUCACCAUCCACGCAGCGACAUAAUGCGCUUGCAGAAGAAGCUGAGAAUUGUGCCUAGCGCCGUCUUGACCAACUUGGCGCUGAUGAACUUUGAGGAGUUCGCCAGAGUGUUUCGCUGCAAAGUCGGGGCUAAGUUGAAUCCUGCGGCGAGAUGCAACUUCUGGUGA